UUAAACAAUUCCAAAUUUAUUCAAAACCUGCUCCUUUACUUCAAAAUUCAAAUUAAUCUUUUAAUCUUCAAACUUUUUCCAUUUUUGUCCUCAUUCAUGUACCGAAUAAACAUGAGGGAAAGUGAGAAUGAGGGGCUUCUUAACAAUAAUCAACAACAGAAUAACAUUAAAGCAAACGAAUUAAAUCAAAAACAAAGACAUUUAGAGGGUGGAGAUAGCGAGGCCCAAUCAGAAAGAUGCACAAUUACCACCAAUUCCAACAACAUAGCAAAGCCUACUACAAGUUCUGCCUCAAAAAAGGCUACUAAUUGUUGGAAUUGUUUCCGAAGCGGCAAGAAAUAUGCUGCCAAUUCUAUGAUGAGGGCUGGCGCUUGGAGGGGGCGACAGCCUCGUCUGGUUGAUAAGGAGGGUGAAUGCAUUAUCCGACCAAAUAAUUUGCAAGGAUCUUUUAGCAUUUGCCUUCGGAAUUGGUUCCAUCUAGUAAUCGAGCACAGUUGGAGGCGUAUAUUUCUACUGUUCUCGGGAAGUUUUCUUUGUUCAUGGUUCACUUUUGGGCUCAUAUAUUAUUCCAUACAACACUUCUCUGCCAAUUUACAGGUAAUUUAA